UCAUGUCAUCGUAAUGUUUAUCUUUACUUGAACGCAAGGUAUCUGGUGAUUUUGGUUCAAUUUAUUAUAUUUUCCCCGGACGUUUUGUUUGUUAUUGGAUUUUGUCAUUUGACAAAAACUACAAGAAAGUGAAAACCAGACCUAUGUCGUCCAAAAACAAUCUUGAAUUAAUCAAAAAGGUCUACGACUUUGUCGUAAAAUCCAAUGGAUUUGAUGCGGUCAUGAAAAAUAUAAAAAUCACAGGAGGAGGAGACGGACGCUGUUUGGCUGAAUUCAAAGUCAUACCGGAAUAUCUGAACAGAGGUGGUGGCCUGCACGGUGGAUUUACGGCCACAUUAGUCGAUAAUUUUACAACUUUUGCUUUGCUCACAAAAGGCAACUCUCCUCCUGGUGUUUCAGUGGAUUUACAUGUCAGUUACCUGAAAGGCGCCAAAGAAGGUGACGAAGUUAUCGUUGAUGCUCAGACGGUAAGAGCGGGUCGAAAUUUAGCAUAUUUGGAAUGUGAAUUACGAAACAAAAAAGAUGGAUCGCUCAUUGCUAAAGGCUCACAGACCAAAUACGUGGGUAGCGGAAGCAAACCGCCAAAUGAGUCAAACUGAAAAAGAAAGAACUGGAAACUUGUAGCAAAUAAAUUGUACAUUAGCUGUGG